AGCGAGGAUGGUACGACUAACAGCCACACUUUUGUGUGUAGCAUUGUUCUAUCUGGUUACUGCUGAUGUUCCCUGGGUGGAACCUGGUCAGGGUUGUGUGCAUGGUAUCGGCGUUUACAAGGUCGGGGAAACUUUCAAUAGGGAGUGUGACGAUUGUACCUGCCAGGCUGACGGAUCUGUGUCCUGUUUGAAAAAUAAGAACUGUUGUCUCUACGCUGGAAGUAACAGUGAAACUCUACGAGCUGAAAUAGGAGACUCCUUCAAUGACGGGUGUAAUCAGUGCACGUGUACCAAGUCGAGGAAGAACCGUGGACCCUGGGAGUGCACCAGGAAGAUGUGUUCCUGUAGGUACAAGAAUUGGAAUAGCGUCGUGGGUUAUGCCAACAGUGGGGAUAGUGUUCAAGUUUACGAUCCUAAAGGAGACGAGAUGAGCUCUGAAUAUGGUUGCCCGAAGAUUUGCACGUGCAAAGCCAAGAAGCGCGGCAAGAAGGAAAAGGUUGAUUGCAGAAACGAGUUUUGUAUUAUGUUUUAAACUUAAAGAAGUUGUGCUGGAAUAAUUGAGUGUUGGAGAUAAAUGGACUAGAUUAAAAUGAAAGAAAAUCACAAAAUUUGAUUCCAUGAACAGGAAUACUCUGGGUAUAUAUAUUGUAUCGGGCGCACCAAAUAUUAUUUUUUUAAUUUUUGUUACCGGAGGUGACUGGAAAUAGGCUUAAGUAGGAGGAAGCAGUUCAGUUUAACAGUUAAAUGAAUAGGGCUAGUUAAAUUGUGAUCCAAUUUAUUUCGUUUUUCAUUCCUUUAAUUCCUUUUUGUUAUUAUGCAGUUAUUUAUAGUUGCCCAAAUCCUCGUAAAUCUUGUUUUACUAAGUACUAAAAAUAAUUAACAUUUCCUAAAACCGCACUAACUAACCCUAACUAUAGCGAGGAUGGUACGACUGACAGCCGCACUUCUGUGUGUAGCAUUGUUCUAUCUGGUUACUGCUGACCAGCCCUGGGUGGAACCUGGUCAGGGUUGUGUGUAUGAUAUCAGCGCUUACGAGGUCGGGGAAACUUUCAAUAGGGAGUGUGACGAUUGUACCUGCCAGCCUGACGGAUCAGUGUCCUGUGUGAAAAAUAAGAACUGUUGUCUCUACGCUGGAAGUAACAGUGAAACUCAGCGAGCUGAAAUAGGAGACUCUUUCAAUGACGGGUGUAAUCAGUGCACGUGUACCAAGUCGAGGAAGAACCGUGGUCCCUGGGCUUGCACCAGGAAGAUGUGUUCCUGUAGGUACAAGAAUUGGGAUAACGUCGUGGGUUAUGCCAGUAGUGGGGAUAGUGUUCAAGUUUACGAUCCUAAAGGAGACGAGAUGAGCUCUGAAUAUGGUUGCCCGAAGAUUUGCACGUGCAAAGCCAAGAAGCGUGGCAAGAAGGAAAAGGUUGAUUGCAGAAACGACCCUUGUAUUAUGUUUUAAACUUAAAGAAGUUGUGCUGGAAUAAUCGAGUGUUGGAGAUAAAUGGACUUGAUUAAAAUAAAAAAAAAAAACACAAAAUUUGAUUCCAUGAACAGGAAUACUCUGGGUAUACUGUAUCGGGCGCACCAAAUAUUAUUUUGAAAACCUUUUGUUACCGGAGGUGACUGGAAAUAGGCUUACGUAGGAGGAAGCAGUUCAGUUUAACAGUUAAAUGAAUAGGGCUAGUUAAAAUGUGAUCCAAUUUAUUUCGUUUUUCAUUCCUUUAAUUCCUCUUUGUUAUUAUGCAGUUAUUUAUAGUUGCUCAAAUCCUCGUAAAUCUUCUUUUACUAAGUACUAAAAAUAAUUAUCAUUUCCUAAAACCGCACUAACUAACCCCAACUAUAGCGAGGAUGGUACGACUAACAGCCGCACUUCUGUGUGUAGCAUUGUUCUAUCUGGUUACUGCUGACCAGCCCUGGGUGGAACCUGGUCAGGGUUGUGUGUAUGAUAUCAGCGCUUACAAGGUCGGGGAAACCUUCAACAGGGAGUGUGACGAUUGUACCUGCCAGCCUGACGGAUCUGUGUCCUGUGUGAAAAAUAAGAACUGUUGUCUCUACGCUGGAAGUAACAGUGAAACUCUACGAGCUGAAAUAGGAGACUCCUUCAAUGACGGGUGUAAUCAGUGCACGUGUACCAAGUCGAGGAAGAACCGUGGACCCUGGGCGUGCACCAGGAAGAUGUGUUCCUGUAGGUACAAGAAUUGGGAUAACGUUGUGGGAUACACUAAUAGUGGGGAUACGGUUCGUGUUUACGAUCCUAAAGGAGACAGGAGAGGAGCUGGCAACUACGGUUGCACGAAGAUUUGCACAUGUGAAGCCAAGAAGCGUGGCAAGAAGGAAAAGGUUGAUUGCAGAGACGAGCCUUGUGUUGCAAUUUAAACUUCAUAUCAAGCAAUUGUGCUGGAAUAUUUGAGUGUUUGAGUGAGCUUGAUUGAAAUUAAAGAAAAAAACAGAAUUUGACUCCAUGAACAACAAAAUUUAUAAUUUUAUACAAUGUUUUAUAUAAUGUAUGUCUUCACUCCUAAUAAAGUUAUGAUAAUAUGUAAGAAUGGAGUACAUGAUUUAACGAAUUCGGUUAUGGCUUUAUCAGUACUCGGAUGUUAAAACUCUUAUAAUUAAUGUUAUCGAACUUAUUCUUCUAUGAAUAGAACUAUACUGGUAAACAAAAGAACGAAAUAUAAAAAACAUAUGAUUAACUUUCUUGGUAUAAACUAAUUCACUAGC